UGAAGUUAACGUUAUGAAAUUGGUCCAAUCUGUCAGGUUAUUGCAAUUUUAUCUAAGUCACGAUGUCCUUGCAAAAAUUGAACAUGGCAUGCCUAUGUAAUAAGGCUGUGAAGCAGGCAUUUCUGGCCAGAAAUGUUUCAUCUCAGCUGAGAAGAAAUAUUGCUAUUGUUGCAAGAGGAAGCUGUCACAAGGAUGUGAAGACAAUUAAAAAACUGCUUCAGUUGUCAAGAAGAUCAACCAAAAUAUGGACAAGAAGCUUCCACAGGUCUGGGGUCAGGUUGAACAAACAGGGACCUGGAGGUACCCCAGGAGGGCCUCCACCAACAGUAUUGCUGUGGGCCGGACUGUUAAGUGGCCUUGUCUACCUCUUGCUGUAUGCACAUAGGAUGCUAGUUGAUAACCAUAUUACCUUCAAUGAAUUUGUGGAAAAAUAUCUCAAACAUGACUUGGUGAAGGAAAUAAUUGUGAAUGACGAAAGCAAUGGUACAAGAAAUGUUUUCUUUCGAACAAAGACGGCUGAAAAUAACAUGGAGUAUUUCACAGUGGACUCAGUAACAAGGUUUGAGAACAGAAUGAAAGAUGUGCAGUACCAGAUGGGUAAAACCAACCCAGAAGACCAUGUGCCCAUACAUUAUAGAAGUAAGAGGCUAGAUGGUGAUGGACUGAUUAUCAUUCUAAUGCUGAUUGGAAUGGUCUUAAUCUCGUCCCGUCACAGGAUUGCUGCGUUUUUAAAGCGCUUGGGAAGUGGAGGAAUGAUGGGAAUGAUGGUGAAAUCACCAGCCAAGCUCAUCACUGAAGAUACUGGGGUCAAAUUCAAAGAUGUUGCCGGUUGUGAAGAGGCCAAAGUGGAAAUAAUGGAGUUUGUCAACUUCCUAAAGAAUCCAAAACAGUACAUAGAACUUGGCGCAAAGGUUCCAAAAGGUGCAUUACUCAACGGACCUCCAGGGACAGGAAAAACGCUCCUUGCCAAAGCAACUGCUGGAGAAGCCGGGGUGCCAUUUAUCGCAGCCUCGGGGUCAGAGUUUCUGGAGAUGUUUGUGGGGGUCGGGCCUGACAGGGUUCGUAAGAUGUUUGCCAUGGCAAGAGAGAAUGCCCCAUGUAUUCUGUUUAUCGACGAGAUAGAUGCUAUCGGGAUAAAGCGUAGCAGCAGGAACACAAUAGAUGAUGAAAGGAGCAACACAUUGAACCAGCUUUUAGUGGAAAUGGAUGGAUUCGAGACUGAGCGAGGAGUAAUUGUGAUGGCUGCCACCAAUCGCCUCAAUAUUCUUGACAGUGCCCUCUUGCGACCAGGGAGAUUUGACAGGCAGAUCUAUGUUGGUUCACCUGACAUCAAAGGAAGGACAUCAAUAUUCAAGGUUCACUUGAAGAAUAUUAAAACAGCUGUAGACAAAGAUGAACUUGCAAAGAAAAUGGCGUCCCUAACUCCAGGGUUCUCAGGUGCUGAGAUUAUGAAUGUUUGCAACGAGGCGGCCUUGAUUGCUGUUCGACAUGAAAAGUCGCUUGUCUGUAUGGACCACUUUGAACAGGCCAUAGAGAGAGUUGUAGCUGGAAUGGAGAAGAAGUCAAGAGUAUUACAGCCCUCAGAGAAAAAGAAGAUUGCAUUUCAUGAGGCCGGCAAAGCUGUGACUGGUUGGUUUCUGGAGCAUGCUGCACCAAUUCUUAAGAUAUCCCUGGUUCCUAGAGGCGAUAAGCUGAGUUUUUCAAUGUCACUGCCGAGAGAAAAGUAUUUAUACACACAGGAACAGCUCAUGGACAUAAUGUGCUCAAACCUUGGGGGAGUGGUUGCCGAGGAAAUGAUAUUUGGGAGUUUUACAUCACGCGGAGAGAAGGAUUUACAGCGCGUCACAAAGAUGGCAUAUUCACAGGUAACAAAUUACGGAAUGAGUGAAAAAGUAGGAAAUCUCUCUUUCGACAUCAACGAUGAUACAGUUGAAAAACCUUACAGUCAACAACUUGCUGAAUUAAUUGAUGUUGAAGUGAAAGUUCUAGUGGAUGGUGCCUACCAGAGAACUAAAGAACUGCUUGCCAAGCAUAAAGAAGACCUUGAAAUGGUUGCCCACAGUUUGUUAGAGAAGGAAAAAAUGGACAAAGAAACUAUGGUCCAGCUGUUGGGGCCUCGGCCUUUUACGGAGCAAACCACGUACGAGGAGAUGGUGGAAGGAACUGGAUCUACCAAUGAAGACACUGAACUCCCUCCAGGCUUAGACAACUGGAACAAAUUUCGACCCUCUGCUGUCUGAUGCCUCAACCACAAAUUUACCGUACAUGACAUUAAUAAGUUGUUAUUUUGUUUUCAUUUCUUUAAGAAGUGCUUUGUGAUAAGAAGUAUUUAACAAAAAUGCUCGGGAUUUUCUGUUUACAAGAAAAUGUACAUGUAUAUCAUAUGCAUUGAACCUCAAAAUGUAAAGAAACCAUGAACGUUCUUCCUUUUUAUUUGGUCCAUUAUUUUAAGUGAAGAAUUUUCUGAAAUAGCUAAAUCAAUAUUGAUUUUUCACUGUUAAUGUGCUGUUAGUACAUAGAAAAAAUAAAAAUAAAAAGAAUAGUAUUGAA